CCCUAAUCUGGACCAAUCGCGAGGCAGCGCGCGCCACUCGGAGCCCCGGGUAAGCCUCCUCGGUAGCGGCCGCCGCAGAAACUCCCGGCUCCAGCUGUGGCUGCCGCUGCCGGGAAAGCCGCCGCCGGCUCCUGCGGGAAGAGAGGCGAGAGGGCCCCGAGGAAGCGCGUUGCCAAGGGGACGGAGGCCUCUGCUUGCGUUGUCAAGGAGACGGGGGUUCUUGAGCCCGCCCCCUGUCAGGAGCCCGGCAUUCCGGAGUCCCAGCGCCACACCUGCCUGCGAGAGGAUCGCGGGCGGACCAGGCGGUCGUCUCCUUGCAGGGGCCUUCCGGAGCGUCCUUGCACUAGUGCCAGCAGAAACGGGGUUUCCAGGCACCCAAAGACAACUUGCACCUUCCAGGGCGGGGGGAAUAGAUCUGCGCCCAUUCAGGGUUCUGGGCCCCUUUGUCUUGAGCAAAUUGCACUCGGAGAACCUCUGAAGUGGCGCUCGUGGCCAAGAAGCGGGCAUAGGAGUGGUUUGGUCACGGGGCGGAGAGAAGGCUUUGCUUUCCUGUGCAAUAAGGCCCAUCAAGGUAGCAGUUAAGGUGUGUUUUCCUGGCAAAACACCCCCAAAUCUGUGCUCCACAGUUCAACUUGUCGCUGCAGAGCUUGUGUCCUGUGGUACCCGGUCCAUCCUUUGCGUUGGCUGCCCCCCCGUUUUGCACUUCUGACUUUUUUUUUUUGCACACCAUGCUGCUAUGUUUCCAGUCUGCACACUGAAGAACUUGCCGCCCUUUCAGAAGCUCCCUGCUCAUCCUAGCUGAAGGUGGAUUGUGUGGAGUGGAUGCAACCGCUAAGCCCUGCUGCCACCGCCGCUGCCUGAUUCGCGUUCCCAACCGUCAGAAGCAUCUUUUUCCUCCUGGGUGAAGCCAAGAGCCCUGUCCGCCACCCCUUCUGUGCUUGAGGGAGACACCGGGAGCAAGCCAUGCUCUCUGAGGCCCUCCCCUGCUUCCAGUUACUCCGGAUGGGCCCGGCUUCGCCUGGGGAUUCACCCAACCGGGAUCUCUACACCUUCCGGCCUGCUAGGCCCAGCUGCACUUACCGGCUGGGCCGCCGAGCCGAGGUCUGCGAUGUCGUCCUGGUGUCGGAGGAGAACCCAGCCUUGGUCUCGCGAAUCCAUGCAGAGAUCCAUGCUGAGAGGGAUUCUGACAGCACCGCCGGGGAGUGGCGAGUUGGCCUGGUGGACUACAGCACCCAUGGUAAGUCCUUGGAACUGUUUGUGCCACCAAGCGUGGGGUUGCAUUCAGACCGAACCAUUGCAAAGACGUUGCCUUAUGCUCGGCUCCUAAUCCUCAGUGUGGUGAAACAGGUGGAACUAGACAUGUUGACCAAAGCUCCAAUUUGCAUAUAUUUAUCCACAAGAGGGGUGUGUGUGUGUAAGAGAGAGACAGACAGACAUAACAGCAGAUACAAAUGGCCAUGAAUUGUAGUCUGUCAUUCCUGUGCGGAACUACCGUAUUUUUCGCCCCAUAGGACGCACUUUUUCCCCUCCAAAAAUGAAGGGGAAAUGUGUGUGCGUCCUAUGGGGCGACUGCAGGCUUUCGCUGAAGCCUGGAGAGCGAGAGGCAUCGGUGCGCACCGACCCCUCUCGCUCUCCAGGCUUCAGGAAGCUAUCCACAAGCCUUGCAAGCCCGGUGGGAGUUACCGCGGGCUCACAAGGCUUGCGGGCAGCAGCCUGCAGCCCCGGCGAGUGUCCGCAAGCCUUGCGCGCCCGGCUAGAGGUCCCGCCGAGCGCGUGAGGCGUGGGGCGGCAGCUGUCCCGAGCACGGGAGCCUCGGAGGUCUCCGUGCUCGGGCGAGUGUCUGCAGCCUUGCGCGCCCGGCUGGAGGUCCCGCCGGCGCGCAGGCUUGGGGCAGCAGCUUGUCACCCGAAGCACGGGGAGCCCUCCGGAGGGUGCCCCGUGCUUCGGGCAGGUGUGCUCAAGGCUUGGGGCGGCAGCCGCGGGGGGGGGUGGAAUAAUUUUUUAAAAAAUUCAUUCCCCCCCCCCAAUGAGGUGCGUCCUAUGGGCCGGUGCGCCCUAUAGGACGAAAAAUACGGUAUAAUGGUCUUUUGUCCCCACAUUGUUCUGUUUCCACCCAUGUGUGUGUGGUUGGCACAUUGUCUUGAGAGACAAUGGCAUGCAUCCCAGGGGUGAAGUCAAACUGCUGCAUUUGCAGCGCCAAAGUGACCUCCCUGGGCAGCGUGUAUGGAGGUCUUGGGCUGCCCAAACUACAAGACCCCUCUCUCACCUCACUGAUGGAAAGCAGAGCGAUACCUUUGGCCCCAGCUUGGCUGCAGGAGUUGCCGGAAGGAGGCAUACAAAGCGCAGUCCAACUGCCUUAGGACCUCCCUUCUGGUUUUGUGCAGGGUUUACUCCUUAAAGGCCUUUUCUUCUUUGCAAGGCAGCAGAGGUUUAGGAUCAGAGCUUUCCUUCUCCUAGAUGAACCCCCUUUCCAGCUUGCUGAGCCCCAUCCGCCUCUCACUUCCCUCUACAGCCUCCUUGACUGUUGGACCCACUAUUGGUCUCGUCCACUUAAUGUGCUGGAACCUGUCUUUGCAUGCAGGGGAAGUCCCUAACUUCCUGAGGGUUUGAGAUCCAUAGGCUACCUUCACCUGGAGCUUGUUCAGUUCGGCCAACAAACAGAUUGGACCCUGCAGACUUAAUGGGUGGGAUCACAUGGGACAAGGUAGCAGAGUCAGCCUCCACGCCAAAGGUUUCCCCCCCAUAAUUUGUUUUGUCCCGCACAAGCGAGAGGGUGCCAUCCAUGCCUAUGGGGAAAAUUUAAUGACUGUAUUUGGGGGUGGUGAUGUGGUGUUGCACUUCCUGGCCUCACUGACAGGAGCCCCACAGAAGGCUAUGACGUGUCCUGCGCUUAGCAUGGAGUCCUGGGCUGCCUUCAAAACCUCCACAAACACACCUGUAGGCAUUGCACUGGUUGAUCUAUAGAAAGUGAGCUUCUUCUCUUGCCCCAUUAUCCCUUCAGGUACUUACAUCAACGCCGUCCGAGUGCCCCAUGGCCAGCGAGUGGACCUGAACGACGGAGACCUUCUGACCUUUGGCCACCCCAGCCCAGUCCCUGAGGGCUGUGCCCUGCCACUCCCGCACAGCAACUCCGAGUUCUACUUCCUCUUCCAGAAAGUCCACGUCCGGCCGCAGGACUUCGCCGCUAUCACGGAGCCCAAAGCCCCCUGGGCCUCCUCCUGCGGCUUCCGGCCGGUGCUGCCCUCCGGCAACCACCGCAUCCGCCCUCUGUCCCGCCACUCGCCCACCGCCCUCUCCUGCCGCUCCAAAGCCACCCUCAUCCUCAGCUCCAUCGGCAGCCUCAGCAAGCUCAAGCCGCAGCCGUUCACCUUCUCCCUGGGCCGCGGUCGGUGCACGGAACCCCCCGCUCAGCCGAAAACCUCCCGGAACCGGCGCAAGUCGGCUCACACGCUGCUGCCCGAGCUGGAGGACGAGAUCACGCGGCUUGAGGAGGAGCAGCCGACCCCGGGCAAGGAGCAGCGGCUGGGCGGUUAUGCUCAUUGCCAUAGCGCCUUGCGGCUCCAGCAGAGAGUGCCGGAGGAGAGCCAGAACUUGCAGGAAGACGAGGGUCCUCCGAAGCUCCACGUCACACCCAGCGGGUGAGUCCCUUUUCAAGUCCGUGUUAUGGUCGGUACAGUUCGCGCCAGGGGGUGCCGUCAUGAUUUUCAUGUUUCUGGUUUAACAGAAAUAUUUCCAUAGCAUUGAUGAGCUAAGCUGGAGUGUUUCUCAAGCUUGGGUCCCCGUUUGUUGUGGGACUACAACUCCCAUCAUCCAGUGGUCAGGGAUGCUGGGAGUUGUAGUCCAACAACAUCCUCUUCAUCCUGGAGAAGAGUGACUAGUGGGGUGCCACAGGGUUCUGUCUUGGGCCCAGUCUUAUUCAACAUCUUUAUCAACGACUUGGAUGAUGGACUCAAGGGCAUCCUGAUCAAAUUUGCAGAUGACACCAAACUGGGAGGGGUGGCUAACACCCCAGAGGACAGGAUCACACUUCAAAACGACCUUGACAGAGAACUGGGCCAAAACAAACAAGAUGAAUUUUAACAGGGAGAAAUGUAAAGUAUUGCACUUGGGCAAAAAAAAUGAGAGGCACAAAUACAAGAUGGGUGACACCUGGCUUGAGAGCAGUACAUGUGAAAAGGAUCUAGGAGUCUUGGUUGACCACAAACUUGACAUAAGCCAACAGUGUGACGCGGCAGCUAAAAAAGCCAAUGCAAUUCUGGGCUGCAUCAGUAGGAGUAUAGCAUCUAGAUCAAGGGAAGUAAUAGUGCCACUGUAUUCUGCUCUGGUCAGACCUCACCUGGAGUACUGUGUCCAGUUCUGGGCACCACAGUUCAAGAAGGACACUGACAAACUGGAACGUGUCCAGAGGAGGGCAACCAAAAUGGUCAAAGGCCUGGAAACGAUGCCUUAUGAGAAACGGCUAAGGGAGCUGGGCAUGUUUAGCCCGGAGAAGAGGAGGUUAAGGGGUGAUAUGAUAGCCGUGUUCAAAUAUAUAAAUGGAUGUCACAUGGAGGAGGGAGAAAGGUUGUUUUCUGAUGCUCCAGAGAAGCGGACACGGAGCAAUGGAUCCAAACUACAAGAAAGAAGAUUCCACCUAAACAUGAGGAAGAACUUCCUGACAGUAAGAGCUGUUCGACAGUGGAAUUUGCUGCCAAGGAGUGUGGUGGAGUCUCCUUCUUUGGAGGUCUUUAAGCAGAGGCUUGACAACCAUAUGUCAGGAGUGCUCUGAUGGUGUUUCCUGCUUGGCAGGGGGUUGGACUCGAUGGCCCUUGUGGUCACUUCCAACUCUAUGAUUCUAUGAACAGCUUGAGGACCCAAGGUUGAGAAACAGUGAGCUAAGGACUUCCCUUCUCUCUGUCUCUCUUUUCCUUCCUUCCUUUCUUCCUUGAAGCAUAUCAAGUAUAUAUAUCAAAGUGAAAUGUACCUUCUCUUCCUCGAGUCCAGGGGGCGAACUGGAUCCUUCCUUACUUCCCCACUAGCAUGUGCCAAGUUUCAAAGUUAGUUAGAACCACCUGUCUGUCAAUCACCUGUUAUAAUGACAUCAGGCAACAUUUUCUCCUUUGCCCAUGCAGUUCCACUGCUGCUGUAGCCACUGCAGCCAGUUUCUAACUCAGCAGCUUCUUAUAAUAUACUUUACUGGACAGCUGAACAGUUAAAGAAAUUCUCAGCGAUUGGAAUAGUGAACUGGAGGCCAUACAGUGGUACCUCUGGUUACGUACUUAAUUCGUUCCAGAGGUCUGUUCUUAACCUGAAACUGUUCUUAACCUGAAGCACCACUUUAGCUAAUGGAGCCUCCCGCUGCCGCUGCGCAAUUACUGUUCUCAUCCUGAGGUAAAGUUCUUAACCCGAGGUACUACAGAGGUACCUCGGGUUAAGAACUUAAUUCAUUCCGGAGGUCCAUUCUUAACCUGAAACCUUUCUUAACCUGAGGUACCACUUUAGCUAAUGGGGCCUCCUGCCACCGUCGCGCCGCCAGAGCAUGAUUUCUGUUCUCAUCCUGAGGUAAAGUUCUUAACCCGAGGUACUACUUCUAGGUUAGCAGAGUCUGUAACCCGAAGUGUUUGUAACCCAAGGUACCACUGUAUUCUGUAGAAGUCCAACUGCACACCUGGUAAAUUCUGACACACACACACACACACACCCGCUGCAGCCCAACAAUUGACACAUGGGGUCGGGAACCUGUGGCCCUCCAGUUGUUGCAAACCCAAACUCCCAUCAUCCCUGACUGGGGCUGAUGGGAGUUGGAGUCCAACAAAUUUCGGAGUUCCUUAGCCCUGCUUCAGCGGCUGUGGACAGGCAUGUAAAGCGGGGUGAAGUAACAGGUUAAAACUUGCUAGUUGUACAUCCGGUCAGGGCGGUGUAACGAGUCUUUGUGCAGACAUAUGUGGCAACUCACUUUUUCAUCUGCCAAAGAGGCCCUGGGGCUUUCUGGAACAGCCAGAUUAUGGGGCUCCUGGGCUUUAGAUGGGCAGGAAGAGGCUGGGAAUGGCAGCUUUCUCUGGGCUUGCUGGAGAAGGCAGCUUAGAAAUGAACCACAUGACUAUAAACUUGUUCCCAAAGGCAUAUCAAUGCCUUUCUGUCCCCUCCUCUGCCCCACGCUGGAAGUGGUUUACAAGGAAGGCACCACUUGGAUAACUCAGGUGGUGGAGCAUGUGACUCUUAAUCUCAGGGUUGUGGGUUCGAGCCCUAUGUUGAGUGGGAGAUUCCUGCGUUGCAGGGGGUUGGACUAAAUGACCCUCGUGGUCCCUUCCAACUCCCCUCCCCCCAUACUAAUCCAGAAUCUGUGCAGCAGGCAUGGUGUCCUGCGGAACAUACAGCAAAAAAAAGGUCAUUUUUAAUAAACCUUUUAUGUAUCUGCAGCUUGUUCUGUCAGCAUUUGGCUUUUCCUCUUCUCAUCAUUUUCUCUUAACUUUGCUUCUCAUCCACUAAACUCUCAUUUUAAUAUCUGCUUGUAAGCCACCAAUGGAAAGGCGUUGGCCUUUGGCUUUUCUGCGGGUGGCGCUGUGGGUUAACCACAGAGUCUAGGGCUUGCCGAUCAGAAGGUUGGUGGUUUGAAUCUCCACGACGGGGUGAACUCCUGUUGCUCGGUCCCUGCUCCUGCCAACCUAGCAGUUCAAAAGCACGUCAAAGUGCAAGUAGAUAAAUAGGUACUGCUCCGGUGGGAAGGUAAAUGGCGUUUCCGUGCGCUGCUCCGGUUCGCCAGAAGUGGCUUAGUCAUGCUGGCCACAUGAUCCGGAAGCUGUACGCCGGCUCCCUUGGCCAAUAAAGCGAGAUGAGCACCGGAACCCCAGAGUUGGUCACAACUAGACCUAAUGGUCAGGGGUCCCUUUACCUUUACCUAACAACAUAGGAAGCUCCCUUGGACCAAGUCAGUCUAUUAUUAGCCCACCCAACUCAUUCUUCUACACUGACUGGCACAGGCCUCCCAGAUUUUUGGCCUGGAGUCUUUUCGCAGCCGUACCCAGAGAGGCCAGGGAUUGAUCCUGGUAACUUCUGCGCACAGUGCAGAUGGUCCGCCAUCCGCACUCGGGAAAUGUUGCUGCAGUGCUGAUGGGGGUGGGGAAUGCAGGCGCCAAUUUUUUUAUUUAUCCCUCCCUGUUCCUUUGCAGGAAACGUCGCGGCCGGCCACGGAAGAACCCCCUGGGGAGCACUUGCCAAGUCUUCUCCCAGACUCUGUCCACGUCAGAGCCGUGUGCAGCCCCCAGGUGCCACCUUCCUCAGGACGAGAUGGUGGAGUGGGUCCAGUGCGAUGGCUGCGACGCCUGGUUCCACGUGGCUUGCGUGGGCUGCAGCUACAGCGCCGUGAAGGAGGCCGAGUUCUGCUGCUCCGCCUGCCGCUCGUAACGCGGGUGGCUGUGGCCAGAGAAGCGCCCUCGCCCCUGCCCCCAAAUGGGUAAUAUCGGUGGACUCCAGCAGGACACGCAAGGACUUUUCCCCAUCUUUAAAGUGGGCUGGUAAAAAAUUGCACACAAGCAGCGUGCUUCCAGGGACAAGCAAAACUUACCAUUCACAGAGAACCUGGCAGUCUCUCUCAGAGGAGGCUGUGAGAAAACAUGCCAGACUUUCGCUUUCUUGCGUCAAGGAGUCAAGUCCAUCUCUGAAAACCAAGAGGCCACAUUGCACUGGGGAAGACAUGGAUAUUAUUACAUGGGGAAGUUUCCGGCUAACUCCAGUGCUAGAAGCUGCGGAGGGACGGGACCUCUGGAUGUUGCGAGACUUCGGCUUCCAUCUUCCCCGGCCACGGACCCUUCUGGCUGGGGUCUGAUGGGAGCUGGAAACACCAGGAGCGUCACUGGUUCUCCUCCCCUGAUUUAUGCGGCCCAAGGCCUUCAACUGGAAGGGGCAAGCGAUCGCUUGAGAGGGACAAUCGGGGCAGAUGUACAACGCCACCGUUUACCUUCCGAGGUCUUCACCCUCUAAACUUACAGGGAAGAACCUGCCGCACUCGGAAGAAACCGCUUACGAAUGCCUAGCACGCAGGUUUUCCCGUUGCACAGCGGUGUGUGCAGAAUGGCCGCCCUCGCAGCAAUAGCCCUGCAGCCUGGGAAGCUGCCCAACUUUUACAGGGCCGACCUUGGGAAAAUAUGCAGAGACCCCAGAAGAAGUGAGUUUCUGAGGGUGCAGUCGAGCGGCUGCCUCACCUCAGUUCUCCGGGAAGCUGCCAAUUUAUUGCAGUAAUGAGACAUUGGAACAGCUGCCGAAGAGCAAUGCCUGCUGUUAACUUAGCUGGGAGAGAGUCCCGCCCUCUUGAAGCUUUUUACGAAGAGACAAGUAGGGGGUCAAGUGUUUUGAUGAACUAGGUGGGAAUCUUAGGAUGCUAUAUUCCAGAGUAGCAGCUAUAGGUAGGCCUUAACUGGAGGUGAUGGGGCAGUCAUAGAGUGGCAGUCGCCCAUCUGCCCUGUUCACUUAUGAAGUGUGUGUGUCGAGUUUGGCACCCAAAGGAGUGUGCAGGUGAGAGGGACUUGCACCUCCCGCCAUUUUACCUCAGAUCUGCUUUUGCUUUUUUGUUCCUCCUUUGCACCAACACUGGGCUAGAAGGUCACAACUCUUCUUGCAAAUGUGCUCUUUUCAUGUAAAGGGAAAAACAAGCAAACCCCAGCCUUUCCCCCUUUAGACAUAAACAUGACAGAUGCACAAUCACUGUAGCUAUCCUUGAUGCAUCUAACUUGGCACUUAAGUAGUUUUGCAGUGAAAGCAAGAGUCUUAUGGCACCUUAAAGACUAAUGACAAGAUUUAUGGUGGCGGCGGCAGCUUUGACAGGCCAGGUCCCAUUUCAUCAGCUGCACAAAGUGCUAUCCUCAGUUCGUGCACAUAACACUAAACCGUGGUUUAUCAAGCAAUAGUUAUUAAACCAUGCUUUAGUAUUAUAUGUGUGAACCAGCAGUUUAUGGUUGGGUCCAAAGUCCCAGUUUGUUGCUGGCUUAUAAACCAUGGCUUGCUUUAACUACAGUGUAGGACCUUUCCUGAGCGCUGCAGAUGCUUGCCAAAUUACAAAGGCAUGAGGUAAUAGCAGCAGGGAGACAAAACAAACUGGAGAAACAAGCAAUGGUUUGUUAAACAAACCACAGUUUAGUGUUACGUGAGAACUCAGCCACUGUAUGCAUACACACGAACAUGGUGCGCAUGUAUGAUGUUUGACAAAUAGCAGGACCAAAAGCUUUGAGGCACAAAGAGCGAGCAGUGGCUCUGUGUCACGCCGAUAAGCAGCCCACAUAUAGUCACAGCAAGAACAGUGUGACUCAUACUGCAGUCCCUGAACUAUUAUUUUUCUAACAGCAUCUCUAGUCCGGAGCAGCUUACGCCUCAAUAAAUUUGUUAGGCAUUGUGGGUUUUCCUAAGGGAUGAGACUGAGCAGAUGUUUUUACACAAUUCAAUAAUAUUCGGUCAUUCCAGUUUCUAGGGUAGGAACAGAAUCCGGUGAUUCACCGGCCAGCAACAGGGGCGCAAACAUUUGCACACUUUCAUAGGCACACACAAUGCACGCAGAAGUGUUAUGUGCCUGCACUUCCCUUUAACGGGCAGCAAAAAGCCAGAGCUGUAGCCAAGCCCUUGGUUUCCCCCAGGUUGCCCCAAGCACCACUGAAAAUGGUGAAAGCCCAACAUCCAGUCCCUAAGAGACGACGCCUAGGAAACCACAGCCCAGCUUGUGCCCUCUGGGAAGGUGUGGACUCCAUCUCUUUAGAGCCAUUACUCCACGUUCUGAGCAAGAAGCAGGGCCCCUCCUUUAGCAAGCCAAGGAUGGAAUGGGGCACAGCAUUGUGCCAGAAGCAGAGCAAUGGGAUUCAGGGAAGUUGCAAAGGCUCUGUUGCAUCAUGUUGCUAGUCAGCCACAGAGACCGCACGCUUGCUUCUGCCACUGCUAGUGGGACCAAAGGCUAGCAAUGUACCCGCCAAGGAAUCUGCCUUCUGAAACGCUGAAUCAAAAAUAAGCUAACGCAGUGAACUUUCUGCAACAUAACCAAAGACUCCUGUAGUUUAGGGAGGGGGGUUUAUUCCUGCAAGCGUGUUCUGCCAGUUUGCUUUAUUCACUGUAGAUGGAAGGAUUUGUCCUUUUCCUCCGCUAGGGCACCCCUCCUUUUUGCACCAGGCGUGAUCACAGUAAUUGAAAUAAACCCAAACUGCAAAAGUUGGUGUCUCCCAUUUCAUAACAGUUGAUGUUUACACUGGG